CUUCAUUAUAAAGGGAGAGCGGUGACGGAUAUCUGUUGAAGGGUCUGUCAGGAGGCAAAGAAUCCGGACGCCGGCUCCAUCCCCGCUGAAGGACGGUCAACUAUUAACACAAACGCCGCCGAAAUGUGUCCGUAACAUAUCAAAUACUGUAUUUGAUAAAAUAAGCGUGUACUCCCGGAGACAUUUUUAUUCUUUCUUCAAACAUGAUCGCAUUGCUGACUCUGACUAUCCUCUUCAAAAGCGUUUUGUUGCUGCCGUUGACUCCGAGUAUGCUGGAGCAUGACGACGUCAAGGUGAUGCAAUGCGUGGUGGAGGCACUCGUGGAUGUGCUGUCCAGGCCACACCAUCUCCCUGUCAGCCAGGAAUGUCUGCACACACUCAGGACUGACGACCACCUCCUGACACUCCUUCGACACUCCGAUUUCCUGAAGGAGCUGCAGGACGUCGCAACCCAGGGUGGUGAUGAGAGAGCCUGGCCGCCUGGAGGAGGCGCCAUUGCACCACAUCAUGAGAUGCCAGCUCCUCGAAAUGCAGACGGUGUCCCAGAUGGGUCCAUGCUGAAUGCACUCGGAGGCUCUGGUGAGCGCGCCAUCGUAUCCCAGGAACCAAGGAGGUCGAAAGAGGAGGACAAGGGAGGAGAAGAUGAGAAGAAAGAGGACGAAGAGGACAAUAGAGUAUGGACAUCAGAAGAAAAGAGACAAACUGUCUCUGAAGAGGAGGAGGAGGAAGAGGAGGGAAUGAAGAAGAGGAGCAAAGGUUUUCUGCUCGGGAAGAAAUCCGGAAGUGCGGAGGAAGAAGGGGAGGAAGAAGCCCUCCAUCAUUCCAAGGAGGUCUCGGAGGAAGAGGAGGUCAAGAGAAAGAGGAACCACAGUCCGGAGGAGAAGGAGCUGCAGAUGAUCGCUCGCAGGACGCCGGAGGAGGAGGAUGGCAGUGCCGCGAGGAAGUCGGAGGACCCCGAAGUAGAAAACCUCGCCGCCAUUGAGGCUGAGCUGGAGAACGUGUCCCAGAAACUCCACCAGCUGCGAGGCUGAGCUUGACGUGACGUCCUCCUUCCACAAGCUGCUUCAUCUUCUUCCUCCAAAAAAAAGAAAAACAAAGAGGCUGCGAGGGCUUCUCCUAAAACCUUCCUCGUGACCUUCACGUUGUUGACGUGUUUCGGAAAUUCUCUUCUACUGUGUUCCAUUAUUCUACAUUAUUCACCUUUUGUUUCAUCUAUCCUAUUUUGUCGCUGAUUUGAACACAAAGGCAAAAAGUGGACAUUUUCUACCCAUUUUGAAGGCAUUGAAUUGUAAAACAAAACUUUUUUUUUUCUUUUUAAUUCAGUUAUCUCAGUGGCUGUGCAAUCAUAUUUGCAUAGCAGGAAGGACUGCAAUAAAAGCAACAUUCAACACUGCCAA